AUGGCACCACCACUAUAUGUCAAAGGGGGUGUUUGGACAAAUGUUGAAGAUGAGAUAUUGAAAGCUGCCAUACAAAAGUAUGGUAUUUAUCAAUGGGAGAGAAUUUCUUCAUUAUUACCAAAGAAAUCUGCAAAACAAGUGAAAGCAAGAUGGGUUGAAUAUUUAUCACCUCUUCUAAAUAAAACAGAUUGGACAAAAGAAGAAGAUGAAAAGUUGUUAAAUUUACACAAAAUAUUUCCCAAUCAAUGGAGAAGUAUAUCAAACAUUCUUAACCGAACUGCGGUCCAAUGUGUGGAGCGUUAUCAGAAACUAAUUGAUGAAGCUGCUGGAAUCAAACCUGGAGAUGACGAGGAAAAUUUGGGAUUGUCUGGACCAGGUAUCGAGACAUUACCGGCAGUUGGUGCUUCUAGUGGAUUGGCAGUUGGAGAAAUGAAUUUGAAUCCAGAAAGCAAACCUGCAAGACCAGAUGACGAAGAUCUACCAGAUGAUGAGCGUGAAAUGUUGGCUGAAGCAAAGGCGAGAUUAGGAAAUAUCCAGGGUAAAAAGGCGAAACGAAAAGCUCGUGAAAGAAUGUUAGAAGAGAGUAAGCGUAUUGCAUUGCUUCAGAAAAGGAGAGAGUUGAAAUCAGCGGGAAUAAAUGUGAAGUUAACAACACGAAAUAAAAAGAAACGGAAAGAAUUUGAUUAUAAUGCCGAUAUACCUCAUGAGAUUAUUCCUCAAGCAGGCCCUUAUGAUACCGCAGAAGAAUUGAAACAGAAUGAUUUUGAAAAGCAACAAUUUGGCCAGCAAGUGUCAACAAAGGGAAUUAGUAUGAAAGAUAUAGAUGACAGAAUUGCCAAAGAAGAAUCAAGAAGGAAGAAGGAAAUUGAGAAGAAAAAACUCGAAAGAAAAAGGGAAUUCAAUGCAGCAGCAAGCCUAAUCAGCGAACACGAAGAUUCUAAAAGAAGGAAAUUGAACUUACCAGAACCAGGCACCCACAAUUUUGAAAAGACCAAGAGUGAUGUUUUAACCCUUACUAACCAAGCCAACAACAAACUAUCCGAAAAGGAGAUUGCUCGAAAUCAGAAUAAAAAAAGAGCUGCAGUAGCACAAUUAAUUAAAGCAACUUUCGAGAGACUUCCUCCUCCAAAGCAUGAAACUGGAGAAAUUCUACCAUUCGUUUCCACCAAUAUCCUUGAAUUCAGAAAUGACGUAAAUGCUAAUGAUAUAUCGGACAUUGCAGGAGCAAAGUUACCUGAUGAAACUGCAACAAAUGUAAGUACAUUGAUAUCUCGUGUUGUGCAGCGAGAACUACCAAUACCCCAUCCAAAUAAUCUACGAGAUCUAAGCACUGUAAAAUUUGAUACAUUGGUAGACAAAUUGAUUGCUGAGGAAUGUCAUAGAUUGAUACGGUCCGACUACAAACAAUAUCAUGACACUACUAUCAAUGGUGUUUCUACUGAUAAGUAUGACCGAGACUUACUUGAAAAGAUCAACCAAGAUAUUGAUAAAGAGUUUGCUCAAAUGGAUGUUUCAACAGUUCACAGUUUUGAAGAUUACGUUCUUCCUAAAAACUUUAAAGUGGCAGAAUCCAUAAUAGAAAAUUUACACACUUUCCAUAAUGAGAAUGAAAAAUUGACAAAUAAAAUACUAGAAUCUACAAAUUAUGAAGAUCAACGAGACCAAAAGUUGCAGCAAUUGACUCAUUUAUGGCGUGAACUAUCAGAUGUUAAUUUGUCUUAUCUGAUAGAAAAGAAAUUGUUUGAACUUGAAAGUUCAGCUAUUGACAAAGAAUUGUUACGUUUGCGCAGUGAAAUUGACAAAUUAAACAAAAAGAUUGAAACACUUCGGUAG